AUGGCUUCAGAGAAGUUCUUGUGGGUUGAGAAAUACCGUCACGUUUAUUAUUUUUCAUCAAACUCUCAGUUAUUAUUAUACUUUUUAACUUGUGCAUUUUAUGUGAUUAACAUAGAAUUUUGAGAUUCUUGAAGAGGUUCUUCGGCCGCAUCUUAGCGUCACCGAGGAGUUUCUAUAUUUGAUUGAGAGAGGCUUCCAGGUGGAUCCAAACAGGCUCAAGUUAAUGGGAGAAGAGGAAAACAUGGAGGUGGAUUUGUCAACCAAUGGCGACGACGAUAGUAAGAAAAAAAAGAAAAGUAAGAAGCAUAAGAAACAUAAACGAGUAGUAGAAGAAGAAGUGGACAAAAGCUCCAAAAAGAAAUCAAAAUCCAAGAAGGACAAGCAUAAGAGUCCUGUUCGAGACGAAAGUGAGACGUCUUUAUCAGAUGUAGAGGAGCUCAUGCAAAAAUCAAGCGGUCAAAUGAAGCAAGCAAAACGACAGCUAGCUUCAAAGGUAGAAGUAACUAAACCCAAAAAUGGCGAUGCCUCCAGCAAACAUGGGAAAGUCAGCAGUCUUAAAAAAAUUGAACAACAUGAGUCAUUAGAAUUGAUAUCCUCAAAUUCUGAGACCGAGAACUAUCAAGAGGACUGUGCAAGUCCAGAACUUACUAUAAUAGACGAUGAUUUGAACUUGGAAGAAUUAAUGAAACAGAAAGAAUUGCUUCAAGCGCGUCUUUCUGCAUAUAUGUCCGAGAGGAGCGAGGAAGAUGUUAGAGAUAUCAGGAAUGACGAUGUCGUAUACAUUAACGAUGAUGCAAAGUCACCGGUCUCUAAAAAAGCCAGAAAAGGUAAAGAUUACGGACACAAAAGAACUAGUAGACAUAGAGAUCGCUCGAUUGAGCGCGAACGACAUAAAUCUAAGAGGCACGAAGAAGAUUUGAGGGCAAUCAUAAACAGAGAAAGUCGUAAAGAAUUGGGACGCCGAAUGGAAGAAAGGGAGAAAAAGGAAAAAGAGCGCCGAAAAUUGGAGGAAAAAGAGAGGGAGAAGAGGCGAGAUCGGGAUCGGGAUCGGGAUCGUGAUCGAGAUCGAGAUCGAGAUCGGGAUCGGGAGAGAGAGAGGGAAAGAGAAAGAGAAAGAGAACGUGAAAAGGAAAGGGAGAGGGAGCGUGAAAGAGAUAAAAACCGGGAGCGCCGCUCGUCUGAAAUGAGAAGGAGAGGCGACAGAGAUGCUAACAGAGCCCACCGGUGGUCACGCGAACGGUCGCCGGCGGCGCGCCGCGAUCACAGGCUCGGUGAGCGCGAGCGACGGUCACGCGACCGCCACGCGCACCGCCCCAGAGAAAAGAUCCCCAGGGGAGACCAGCGGAGUUCAACUGCUGAAGUGGCACAGAUCGUGCCUAGUUCUAGUAGCGAUGAAGAACUUAAUAUUUCAAUCAACACAGACGAUGAAGAAGAAACCGAGGAACAAAUCAUUGAGAGACGGCGACAACAGCGCGAGCAACUCAUGAAGCGCUUAGGUGGCGAAAACAACAGCCCAAAAUCCGAAGAUGCUGCUAUGAAGUCUCCACCGUUACCAGAAACAAAUGUGGAGCCCAAAGUUAGCCCUCGCGGAGGCUCACAGACGCCAGAAGUCCGACUGCUUAAGGAUGCCAUGAACACCAAAGACAAAAAAGAAACGAAGAAUGUCAGCGGCCUGAUACGGAAUAUACAAAAUGAAACAAAAUCUGAUAUCAAGUUGGAGAAGUCGGUUAAGACUGGGGAAUGGGAUAUGUUUGCUGAUCAAGACAACUUCGAUAGUGUUGAUACACCGACAGCUGGAAAGCCUAAAAGCAAAAAUGCUUUAGAGAACCCAUCAUUGACUGAUAAUUGGGAUGAUGCUGAAGGAUAUUACAGAGUGCGCAUCGGUGAGACUUUAGACAACAGAUACACAGUGUACGGGUACACGGGGCAAGGUGUGUUCUCCAAUGUUGUUCGCGCCAGAGACCAGGCCCGUAACAACAGCGAUGUGGCUGUGAAGAUCAUACGGAACAACGAGAUCAUGCACAAAACUGGUCUACGUGAGUUGGAGAUCCUUAAGCGGCUGAACGAUGCAGAUCCAGAGGACAAAUUCCACUGCCUCCGCUUAUUCCGUCACUUCUUCCACAAGAGACACUUGUGUAUGGUGAUGGAACCUCUUUCAAUGAACCUCAGGGAGGUCCUCAAGAAGUAUGGCAAGAACAGUGGCAUACACAUCAAGGCUGUGAGGAGUUACACACAGCAAAUGCUUCUAGCUCUCAAACUGUUAAAGAAGACUGGCAUUUUACAUGCAGAUAUCAAACCAGACAAUAUCCUUGUUAACGAAAACAAAUUGAUGUUAAAACUCUGUGAUUUUGGCGCCGCUUCCCACAUUUCUGACAAUGAAAUCACACCAUAUUUGGUGUCCCGGUUCUAUAGAUCGCCUGAAAUCAUUCUUGGAGUAACUUACGACCAUGGCAUAGAUAUGUGGUCCACAGCUUGCACAAUAUUUGAAUUGUCCACUGGAAAAAUUAUGUUCAGCGGUAAAUCAAACAAUGAAAUGUUAAAGUAUUUCAUGGACCUAAAAGGCAAAAUCCCAAACAAAAUAAUCAAAAAAGGAUUCUUCAAAGAACAACAUUUCGAUUCCAAUUGCAACUUUUUGUAUCAUGAGUUAGAUAAGAUUACUGAAAGGGAGAAAGUAGUUGUAAUAUCAAGUAUAAAGCCAACCAGAGACCUGCAGGCAGAGCUCGCUCCACCACACCACAGGCUGCCACCCCCUGAGGCUAAGAAGAUCACACAGUUGAAGGACCUUCUAGAACGCAUGCUCAUGCUGGACCCCGCAAAGAGGGCUUCCGUCAACCACUGCCUAGCACACCCCUUCAUACAGGAGAAAAUCUAGUAUAAGAGCCCUAGUCCGGUAAUCCGGGCUAGUAACAAGAAACGACGUCGCAACAGGCGUCGACGUUAAAUACAUUUUAAUUAAUGCUAUAUCAAGUCAAAGAAUAUUGAAUGUAUAUCAAUGGACAUGUAGUUUAACUGGGAUGGAUUAUCUAAAUGUUGUUCGUUUCAUGAACCUCAUUAUGGUUCUACUUACCACAUAAUAUACAUGUUUUAUUAAAUAAAAAUAAUUUGUAUUAUGUGUUAGUUGCUGUGACAGGAAUAUAUGAGACAGGUUUACUAUUUAACUGUCCAUAUAACGAUGAUCCUCAUAUGAUGUGUGUUAGUAAUUGCAACGAAGAUUAACAAUUAAUUAUAUUAAGUACUUAAUGAUGAAAUCUUUGAAGUCGUUUGAUAAUUUGAUUCCAAGUAUAUUAGGGCAAGUGGUGUCUUGAUGUUACUAGUAGCCACCUUUUAAAGAGGCAUGUGCAUGUAACACUGUUUCAUUAUAAUGAAUAUCUAAAUGUGUACUAUCAUCUAUAGUAAGCUGUUCUCUUCCGAUUUUUCACGAGAUCGCUCGUGUUUACACUAUCUUCCCCUUAGGUGUAAGUUGGUCACCUUGAUUGCGAUUUUGUAUUGUAUUCUUAUUGACCCUUGAUUAAGGUGAGCCAUCUUGCGAUAGUAUUUUAUACAUCCCAAUAGUCUUCUUGUAAAUACGAAAUAACUAUACAUACUUUUAAAAUGAUGUACUUUUUAGUAAAAUUUCUGUAUUCCAGGACAUGACACAAUUAAACGGCAUAAAUAAGCCUUUGAUGUACAGGUAGUGUAAUAUUUUUUUCUCCUGCUGAUCGCUACAAGUUGUUGAACUUAGUGUCAAUGUUGAGAAUAAAAUAUUCAGGUAUCACAA